AUGCGCUCUCAUCCAUACAACGGGAAAACGAUGGUGGCAUUAAGGAUAAUGACGGUGGCCCAUGUUGUGGAAGUGGCAAAAUGUCUAGAUGCAUUAUUUCGUGGGGAGAAAGAGCAGGACAGCUGCGUGGGCGGCCGGGGGUGGAGACGUCUUCCUCCGCCCGCGGGCCCCGUGCCCCGGCCCCGCCCCGGCUGCGGGCGCCCCGCGCGGCCUCCGCGCCGCCCUCGCUCCCGCGGCCGCCGCACCCCUCCCGGACGCGGGUGCCCUCGCCCGCCCCGCCACGGCCCCUGGAGCCACCGCCGCCGCAUGGAGCACAACGCGUCGGCCAACGCGAGCGCCCCCAGGCCGGGGCCGGGGCCGGGACUGCACCCCGGGCCGCACGCCGGCCACUUCUCAGCGCCCGUGGCCGCGCUGCUGGCGACGCUCAUGGCGCUGCUGGCGCUGGCCACGGUGCUGGGCAACGCGCUGGUGGUGGUGGCCUUCGCCGUGGACCGCAGCCUGCACUCCCGCGGCAACUUCUUCUUCCUCAACUUGGCCGUUGCCGACCUGCUGGUGGGCGGCUUCUGCAUCCCGCUGUACAUCCCUUACGUCCUGACCGGGGAGUGGAAAUUCGGGAAGGGUCUGUGUAAAUUGUGGCUGGUGACGGAUUACCUGGUGUGCACCGCCUCGGUCUUCAACAUCGUCUUCAUCAGCUACGACAGGUUCAUCUCCGUCACCAAGGCGGUGACUUACAGGGCUCAGAAGGGCACAACCAGGGAUGCCGUCUUCAAGAUGGUGCUGGUGUGGGUAGCAGCGUUCCUCCUCUACGGGCCUGCCAUCAUCAGCUGGGAGUAUGUAGCCAAAAGAAGCAUUCUUCCCCGGGGGCAGUGCUAUGCUGAGUUCUUCUACAACUGGUACUUCCUAAUGACAGCCUCCAUCAUCGAAUUCUUCACCCCCUUCAUCAGUGUCACUUACUUCAACUUGAGCAUCUAUAUCAACAUUCAGAAACGCACCUCCUUGAGGAAUGACAACAUUGCCCAUGGCCAAGACGGCUUGGAGAUGGACUUCCAAGGGAGAAAAAAGAAACACAUAUUUUUUGUUAAAGCAGCUAAUAGGAGGAGCAGGAAGAGAAGAGACCAGGGCCUCUACCCCAAGCACAAGGGUCUUUCAUUUGAUGUCCCUGGGACUCAAGAUUUACCAUCUCUGCAGGUGGAUCUUAGAGCCAAAGCAGCACGGCGAAGGCAGAACCACUACAGGGCCAGUGAGAGUGUGUGCAAUGCCCAGAAGCAGCAGGACCUUGCCAGCACUGUAGUCAGCCGCCUGCGGCUCUCCAGGGAUAAGCGAGUGGCCAAGUCGCUGGCCAUCAUCGUAUGUGUGUUUGGCCUGUGCUGGGCUCCCUACACUUUGCUCAUGAUCAUCCGAGCUGCCUGCCACGGGACGUGCAUCCAGCACUCACUCUAUGAGACAUCCUUCUGGCUCCUCUGGCUAAAUUCGGCUAUCAACCCUAUUCUGUACCCACUCUGCCACGUAAGUUUCAGAAAAGCAUUUAUCAAACUGCUGUGCCCUGGAAAGGCCAAGAUCCACCCUCAUAUGUACAUAUGA